AUGGACUUGGACACCGGGCCAUGUCCGGUGUUCGACCCUCAUGAAUGGCCUGGGUUUGAGAAAUUCAUCAUCGUUCAAGCAAUUCUUGACCACAACAAGUUGCUCAUCAACGAGAUAAACCUGAACCAUGAGAGGAGGCGACCAGAAGGACUUACUCGCAAUGUGCAACUCAUUCGGGAGCUCAAUGAGAAUGUAACCAAGGUGAUGAAGCUGUAUGAAGAGCUGUCCCAAGCAUUUGUCCAGUCCUUUGGAAAGAACGCUGGCCAGCCUGCAAAGUCCUGA